GACACAGCCUGGUUAUGACGCACUGAUAUUACUAUACAUAAGACACCGAACAAGACAGAACCUUGGGCUUAACGGUAGGUUGGGGUAAGGCUGGUUGUGCCAGGCCAUGUCGAUAUUUGCGCCCAUAUUCCGACCUACCAAAAGCCAUAAGCCGAGUGUCUCGGAGGCAGUCAAGUCCGCAAGAAAACGUAAGCGGGAGGCUGGCGCCUCGGAAGAGGACGUUGAUCAAGAUGCGCAGUUGAGUACUGCCUCCUCUCCAUCUUUAGAGUCUGCUGCCCAUGAUGCCAAAACCGCCUUCCAACAUCCGGUCAAGCGAACGGACCCGUACUUCGUAGCUGGCCAUUCUCGUGAAGAGCCUCUACCGCCCACACCAUUCCCUCAUGCUGCUGUGAAGAACAUUGACACGCAGCAAGCCGUUGCCAGUGAUCUGGCCGCACUGAAUCCGCCGUUAUACGUUCCCGGAGUCACGUCGGAUGAUCCCAACACGUCUCUGAAACGACGUCACAUUGACAAUCUGACCACGUUGCUGCAUACAUGCAUGCUCCGUGGUGACUGGGAACGAGCCGCCAGAGCGUGGGGUCUGCUGUUGCGUGUUGAGGUGGAUGGUCGUGGUAUGGAUGUGAGACAGUAUGGUCGGUGGGGUAUUGGAGCAGAACUCUUAUUGCGGCGCGGUGCCAAAGGCCAAUCGCUACUAUCUAAGCAAGCUACCUCACCCUUCACCAACGAAGGCUUCAGGCUUGCGCGGGACUACUAUGAGCGCCUGAUACUGCAAUACCCGCAUACGCCGCGUAACCAGUACGGUAUCAAUGCACUCACAUUCUAUCCUGCAUUGUUCAGUGUCUGGAUCUAUGAAGUAGAGGAUCGCUCGAGGCGAGCUCGUCAGGCAAAUACACCAGACGAUCACGCCUCGUUUAAUGACAUACGCCGAAAUGAGCUACAAGAAGCGAAAGCGAUUGCGCAACGUCUGGACGACCUUCUUAUGACUCCACCGUACGAUACGGCAGUUCCACUACUAGAGCUGCGUGGCAUGGUUGGCCUGUGGCUGAGUGACUUGCACACGACGCUUGCUGAGCCCUUAGGGGGCGGCGAUGAAGACAGCAAAGACGACAUUCACAGCGACGAUGGAGAAGCACAACGCCAGCGAGAGGAAGCUCAGCAUCAGAAGCAAAAGGCACUUCAUUACCUCCAGAAGGCGAAAGCUCGCGGUGUCGGGCUCCAAGAGUCUGUGACGAGCCUUCUCAAGCUCCAGGCAGAGACUGAACCAAUGGAGCGAGGCUACAACCUGCGGUCACAGGUCGAAGAUUACUGA